AUGGGUAGAAAAGUUAUUGUGGCUGCCUGCUCGCUCAAUCAGUGGUCUAUGGACUUUUUAGGAAACAUGAAACGAAUAAUUGAAAGCAUAAUUGAAGCAAAAUCCAGAGGUGCACGAUUUCGCACAGGCCAGGAAUUGGAAAUCAGUGGUUAUAGCUGCAGUGACCAUUUUUUUGAGAGUGACACUUUCUUGCAUUCAUGGGAAGUACUUGCUCGUAUAAUUGCAAAUCCUGAUUGCCAAGACAUCCUUUGUGAUGUAGGAAUGCCUGUCAUGCACAAGAAUGUCACCUACAACUGUAGGGUAUUCUUUUUGAACAAGAAAAUUCUUCUCAUACGGCCCAAAAUCAUGCUUGCCAAUGAAGGAAACUACAGAGAGCCCCGGUGGUUUACAGCAUGGACUAAGUUAAAGGAAACAGAAGAUCACUUCUUGCCUCGAAUGUUACAAGAAAUCACAGGGCAGAGAACUGUGCCAUUUGGAGAUGCAGUCUUAUCAACGUAUGACACGUGCAUUGGUGCAGAAAUAUGUGAAGAGAUGUGGAAUCCAAAGUCACGCCAUAUUGAACUAGCUCUUGAUGGUGUUGAGAUUAUUGCAAAUGGAAGUGCAUCAUAUCACGAAUUGAGAAAGAUGUACAUCAGAGUGGAUUUGGUCAAGUCAGCAUCAAUGAAGUCAGGUGGGGUUUAUAUAUUCUCCAAUGGUGUUGGAUGUGAUGGGGAACGUUGCUAUUGGGAUGGCGGAUCAAUGAUUGCUGUCAAUGGAGACAUUGUAGCACAAGGGCCUCAGUUCACCUUAGCUGAAGUGUCUGUGAUAACUGCAGUAAUAGAUUUAGAAGACAUCAGAAGUUACAAAACCCACAUUAAAUCCAGGUGUGAAGUGGCAGCAUCAUCAAAGGCAUUUCCCCGCAUUAUUGUUGAUUUUUCCCUCUCAGAAGGAGAAUACAAUCUACUUGCUGAUACAAAACCAAUAUCAUUUACCUUUUUGUCCCCUGAAGAAGAAAUCAGGUAUGGACCUGCUUGUUGGCUGUGGGAUUAUCUGAGACGAAGUGGACAAGGUGGUUAUUUCUUACCUUUGAGUGGUGGCAUUGACAGUUCAAGCACAGCUUGUAUUGUAGCGUCCAUGUGCCACAUGAUCUGUGAUGCAGUGAAAUCAGGAAACAAAUCUGUAACAGCUGAGAUUCAGAGAAUUACUGGACAGACAGACUAUAUUCCAACAGAUCCCCAGAAACUAGCAAAUCAUAUCUUUAUGACUUGCUACAUGGGUUCAGAAAACAGUUCAUCAGAGACUCAGAGUUAUGCAGCAGAGUUAGCGGGACAGAUUGGCAG